UGCCUAGUACCUUCCCUCAAGAGCUUUUCGAUCGCUUCGUGGACGAGCUUGUGUCCCCAGAUGCAGACAUUUCGAAAGAUCCUUCUAUUAGAUCCUGCCUCUUCGUAUCACCUUUACGACACCGGGCCUUGACGCUGAUCUUCAAAAAGGUUACUGUUCACCUUAAUCAACCCCAGGAGACCUGUAAGCGCCUCCUGAACCUCCUCCGAAUCAUCCCACCAUGCCCUCGCACCAAACUUAGUGGCGUUGGUCCCUACAUCAAAGAGAUAGCCUUCGAAUUUGCCUUGUACGGAACAUCAUCAGGGGCGAGAAAGGCUCUCCAGCAUAUAAUAUCGAGCAGGGAAUUCAAAAAUCUAGUGAAGACGCUCAAUGGGAGGGACUACGGCGUGCGAGGGUUGGAAUUCCACAUCCGAGUGUAUUUCAGCAUUAGAACCAGCUAUCACCCCGGUCCCGAUAUUCUCAAAGCACUGUCGUCGCUCAUCGCUUCACCAUUCCUUCGCUCCUUGGCGCUCACGAACUUGGCGAAAGUCCCGGCUACGUUCCUCGCGGAAGCUCAUAUCGAUGAACUCCAUCUCUGGGAUGUCUACUUCCAGGACUCAGACCCUCUCAGAGGAAGCUCGAGGCACGUAGCUGCCCUCGCGCGAUGGCCCCAAAUCAGAUCGCUGAGAGGCAAUUCAUCCCUUCCGAAAGCUCUUAUAUCCCCCGCAUCAACUGCUCCCUUCCGAAACUUGGAAGUUAUCGAGAGAGAGUGCCUGGGGGUUGAACAAGCCUCGGAGGCUUGGAAGAUCAUCUACAUGGCAGCGCAUACGCUCGUGCAUGGCUUGUCAGAGGAAUUGUCGCUCUGUGAUGGCCAACGAGUCGACCUCGGUCGGGUACCCAAUCUUGCCUCAUUUCAGUUGGCUUUUCUCCCUCGGAUGACGAUGCAGGUUGACCCGGAUGCAGGACGCAAAAGUGUUGCCUUGUUCAUCGCGAUACUACACGCCCCGUCACCCCUUUUGAAACUCGAGACUCUGACCCUCACAGGUUGGAUGUCUGGUGGUCCUAGGGCCCCCGGGAUUCCUGCUAAUGUUGGAGGUAUAGAUAACAUCCUCACAGAAUCGAAACCGGAGUGGGAGAUGUUGGAUACACUGUUAUCGGGUCCGAAAUAUCCGUCACUCAGGUUCUUGAAGCUUCGCUUCAUCUUUCAUGUGUUCCUUUACGCUCGUUUGAUGACUUCCUCACUGGCGACAGACGGUAGGUACAGCUACCUGUGGGCUACUGAUGCCGAUAGGGAAGAAUUUACGGACAUGAUAACUUCGCGUGUGCUCGUUCUCCUCCCUCGGAUUCAAUCCUCACGCCGUAUUCAGCUUGUUGUAGAGGUUGUUGACUCGUUUGUUUGGCGAAACUCCUUUUUCUUGUAAA